GAAUGAAUCAGGGACACUCUCUUCCUCCUCUUCCCUCAUUCCUCCUCCUCUUCUGUCGUGACGUUCAUCCAAGAGGAAACACCACAAACAGUCCUGAGAUAUUCUGAGAAACUACUCACUUUGUGUGUGUGUGUGCAUGUUACUCACAGGGAAAUACCUCUCUGGAUGGAGGGAGGGAUUAAACAGGCAGAGAGGUAUAAUUACAGUAAGAGAGCAGAGAGGGAGAGUAGAGUGACCCUGCACGCAGUGUUCAUUCAGCUCAGACCACCAAACCAUCAGGAUCGGACCUGCAACACUCAGAACUAAUCAGGACCCGACAGGAAGAGCAGACUGAGGACCACAACACCAGCCUGAGGACUCUGCUGACACUGUGAGGACUUUUCACUGUUGAACAAACCUUGUUACGUCUCCUCACUCAUCAUAAACACGAGACAGACUUCUGGAUUUGAACUUUAGGAUCAAACUGGUUCCUGUUUCUGCAUCAAGAUCUGCUGAAUGUACUGAUCUUGACUCUGAGACUGCUGACUCUUCUGUCAGUGUUAAAGCAUUCUGGUGUGCAAGAACCCAACAUGCCCUCUCUGUUUGCCAUGUUCUUCUUCAUGGUCAUCGGUCUUUUCGUUGACGCCUCUCCGAUGGGCCCUCUGGCUCCUGAAGUUGACAUGGCGUCUCAGCUCCCAGGGGUGGCGCCAUCCUUGGACUGUCCUUCUUGCUCUCUGUCUCAGAUGAGGAAGAACUCUUCUUGGUCAGGGGGACAGAGUGACAUGGUGGAAGCAGUGAAGCGUCACAUCCUCAACAUGCUGCAUCUGAGCGCUCGGCCCAACCUGACGCAGCCCGUCCCACGUGCCGCGCUGCUCAACGCUAUCAAGAAACUGCAUGUUGGCCGAGUUGCCAAAGAUGGCAGCGUGGAGAUCCAGGAGGAGGGUCAGGGUCCUGGGGUGUCAGCUCCACCUGAACCACCAUCUGAAAUCAUCACCUUUGGGGAGCCAGGAGACUCUGUGAACAUGGUGAAUUUUGACAUUUCUAAGGAGGGAACUGGUUCCUCAGUGGUAGAACAGGCAAACGUCUGGAUAUUCCUGAAGGUUUCCAAAGGAAAUCGAGUGAAAGGCAAAGUGAUGCUGCGACUGCUGCAACUUGGUGAUGAUGAUGAGGAGUGUGUUUCAGAGAAGAUGGUGGACACUCGUCGCAGCGGCUGGCACACUCUUGGGAUCUCUCACAGCAUUCAGGCUCUGCUGGAUGGUGGUGGACACUCGCUCAGCCUGGUGGUUUCCUGCCUGCUGUGCACGGAGGCUGGAGCCUCGCCCAUCCUUGUGCCUGCCAGUGCUGAGCCAGCAGGAGAGCGAGAUCAGUCUCACCGACCGUUCCUCAUGGUGGCACUGCGAGCUCGAGAGGAAACAGCUCAGAGACGAGUGAAACGAGGUCUAGAGUGCGAUGGGAAAACGCACGUCUGCUGCAAACGACAAUUUUAUGUGAACUUCAGAGACAUUGGCUGGAAUGACUGGAUUAUUGCUCCCUCAGGUUAUCAUGCCAACUACUGCGAGGGCGACUGUCCGAACCACAUGGCUAGCAUCAGUGGCUCGUCCCUCUCUUUCCACUCAACAGUCAUCAAUCAUUAUCGUAUGAGGGGCUACAACCCUUUUCAAAAUAUCAAGUCGUGUUGUGUACCGACAAGGCUGCGCGCUAUGUCGAUGCUCUACUACAACGAAGAGCAGAAGAUCAUCAAAAAAGACAUCCAGAACAUGAUCGUGGAAGAGUGUGGCUGUUCGUAAAGACUUAGGAAACAUUUCCUGCUUCCUGCAGGAAAGACAUCAGAUCAGCACUUUCCGAGUAAAGAUGAAGUAUUUAUGUUUAGUGACCAAGCAAUGUGUUUCUUCUUGGGAGAGACUCUUUUCCACAUUGGAACGACCUGAAAAUACUAUGCAACACUUUCUCAGUCUACAGUUAAAUGUGUUGUUUGUCUGUUGAUUUCCAUCAUUUGUCUGCUGUUUUCUGUUGUUAUAGAAAACACAUGAAUGGAUCGAUUUCAGUAUGUUUGACUGUUUACUGGAGGAUCCUGUGUAAAAAUCUCUAAAGUUGAGAUAUUUUGAAGAAAGUUGUUCAACUGACAAAAACCUGCAACCAACAUUAUUAUUGUAAUUAAUAUUAAUAUUAUGAAAUAGUCUGAAUGUUGAUAUUUGCACAACAUUCCUGGCAGAGGUUUAGAUUGAGAGGAAAGCCAAAGACAGUAAACACUGAUGAGGAAAGUCUGGUUCACUGAAGUAGACACAAACUGUGAGUAAAGAACACUUAACAAGCUGUGAGGAUUAAGAAUAUAAAUUAUUUAAAAGGUGAAACAAAAACACAUUUCAUUGGGUUUUGCUGUUUUCUUUAUUGUUAAAAAUAGGUGCCAAAAAGUUGCCAACUUUAUAUAAUUUAUUUGCUUUUUUUUUUGCUAUUUUUAGCUUCAUCAUUAAACAAACUGUUUGUCAACACUGUCAGCAUUCUUCAGUUUGUAAAAGAACAUAUACAUCUGAUCUGAUUAAACUGACUCAUCUUCUUCAUGCUCCUCAGAAAAUGAUUAACUUCAAUGACUUCCUGUAUGUAACUGGUGAGACUCUAAGUGCAUACAAAUCACCCCCAUGUAAUGAGCUCUGCAGACUGUUGGAGUUGCUAACAGCAGUAAAUACUCAUAUCACUUACAACAAGAUGAAAAGCUAAAAACUAAAUCUGAAAAGUCAGAUCAGAAGGUGUUUUCAGGUCAGAUGAUAUUUAUCCUGCACGCUCUUUGUUUUCUUUGGGAUUUUUCUGACUCUUGUCUUGGUGGUCAGUAUGGGCUUGGCCUCUCUGCAUCCUCAUCAAGUGAUUUUGAUUUUGAAAGCUCAUGAUCAGGUCUGAGUUCUGCUCUGCUCUCACACUUCCACAAAGGCAGUCAGCGUGAAGCAGAAAGCCAACACUCAGUUCUUUGUUUGCAGGUAAAAACUGGGGCGAUGGCUGGCAGACUGAGAGGCUCCUCCACUUUCUCCUAUGAUGGCUGGAUUGAGCAGCCGUCAAUGUUGGUGAAGUUAAACCUUCGCAGCAAAGCAGGGCAGACAGCCGGUUGGCACCAUGAUGCUCUGUUUGUUCACUGACCUAUUAAUUCAUCGCUGAGUCGACAAGUUGAUUUAAGAAACACAAAGACGGCUGCUGAGGCAAACACAAAACACUCUGGGUAUUAGAGCACAUCACAGAACACAGCACAUUAACAGAAACACUUCCUGAAAGCAGCCUGAAAACAUUAACAUUUUUAUCAUAACUGAUCUCAGAUCUACCUUGAAAAAAAAACACCUGCUGCACUUAUUUAAUUCAAAUUGAAACUCGGGCUUAAUGAGACUGACCACACAAAACUUGAGUGUGGUCUUUGUGAGUGUGCUUCACCUGCUGGCGAUCUUCCUCAGGGUAACCUACCUCUGACCCAGUGCAUGCUGGCAUCAGUUUCAGCUCAGAGAGGACUGAUUGUCUUUCCUGUGUGACCAGAGAAAACUGUACAAACAGAAUAUUACACAUAAUAAACCUCAAACCGCAAGCAAAAUAAUCAAGUUCAAGUACACACACAGAACUACUCUCUUUCAGUCAAAUACAGUCUUUACUGCGAUGACUGUGUUGUGAUGGAGGUUUACUCUGUGGACGUUUAAUCCAGACACUGUGCUGGUACUGACAAUAACUGUGACAUUUUAUAAAUGAAAUAUUGAUAUUGUGUUAAUAACACUAUUAUGAUAAUGCUGAGUAAAUACUCGAGGACAAAUGUCAGACCUUUUGGUUCUUUAUCAGUUUAAUUGUUCUUCCUCUUCACUUAUGGAUACAGACACUCUCUCCACUCUACACCUGUAUUUUCCAUGUUAUUCAUUUGUCAAAGAAGACACAAAACACUCAAUAAACAUUAAAGAAAAAUUUGACUAGCAGCAU